UCUAGAAUUGUCAUUCUGUGUUAUGGAGUAUAUUCUGAAAGUUGAUUAAAAUGGAUUGUUCACAGUCUGUGAUUACAUGCGCGCGCGCACGGUUCUCCCUGCUGCCUUCUGAGAGACUUCACAGGAGUAUUUACAGAACCCAGCAUUGAUCUGCCUCUCCUCUCCUAAACCAGUUAACUGUCAUAUCCACAGUUGAGCAGAAGAGCAAAUGCACCAAAAGGGCAUGUAUGAAAUCGGUCUGAGCUCCUUAAGGUGCAGACAGGGAGCAAACCUCAAAGACGCACACGAGACUACUAAUGUUUAUCCUGCCCUAGAAGGUGUCUUCCUCCCUUCAUGAGACUCGGCCCUGCCUGACUGGAGAACUGCAGUGCAGCUGAGAUUGGGGAGGGGACCUCCGGCAACCCCCCUCCCCUUGCCCAAGGGGCCGCCGCCCCCCGUGCCCCAUGGCUGACCCCAUCAUGGACCUCUUCGACGACCCCAACCUCUUCGGCCUGGACUCCUUGACGGACGAAAGCUUUAACCAGGGAGCCCCGGAUCCCAUCGAGGAGGCUCUGGGGCUCCCGGGUGGGGCCUUGGACUCUCUGGCCGCCGGUGCCAAGGAACAGCCGCCUGCCCCUCCGCCGGUGCCUCCCCAGCCGCAGACGCUGCCCCUCCCGCAGACGCCCUCCGAGGCCGUGCCGGAGCUGUCCCAGCAGGACCAAGCUGGACUCUUGCAGGCCCCGCCGGAGCAGGAGAUCCUCAGCCAAGGCAACCCUUUCAUGGGGGUCUCCUCCACCGCCGCCACCGCGCCAGCCAUCGCGCCCCCUUCCUCCUCCGGAGCCCAGCAAGCUGCCGCCACAGCCACUCCCCCGGCUCCAAAGAUCGUCAUCCUGAAAGCGCCGGCCGGCAGCUCCAUGACGGGGGCCCACGUGGCCCAGAUCCAAGCCCAGCCCAUCGGGGCCGCCAACGGGGGCAAGGUCACCUUCGCCAAGGUGCUGACCGGCACCCCCUUGCGGCCGGGGGUGUCCAUCGUCUCGGGCAACGCGGUGCUGGCCACCAAAGUGUCCCCCGGAGCGGGGGCUCCCACCACACUCCAUCGCCUUGUCCAGCCCGGGCGACCCGUCAAGCAGCUGGUGCUGCAGCCCAUCAAGAGCCAGGCUGCGGGGAGCACCGGCACUGCGCCCCUGAAGCCUGCGGUCACUCUGACCUCCUCUCCGGCACAGGGAGAGUCGAAACGCAUCACCCUGGUCCUCCAGCAGCCCCCGGCCAGCGGAGGGGCACCGGGCCAGCGCCACGUGGUUCUGGGCAGCCUCCCGGGCAAGAUCGUGCUCCAGGGGAACCAGCUGGCAGCCUUGAGCCAGGCCAAGGGGGUGCCAGGGCAGCCCGCCAAGGUGGUCACCAUCCAGCUGCAGGUGCAGCAGCCUGGCCAGCAGCCGCCGCAGCAGCCUCCGCCGCCCGGCGGCCAGCCCGGCACCCAGAAGAUCCAGCUGUUGCAGCAGCCGGCCGCCAGCACCUCGGGGCAGCAGGCCCCCCUGAGCGUCUCCUCGGUGCAGCAGGCCCAGGUGGUGGGCGGCUCGGGACAGAGAGUCACGGUGCCCCUCAAGGUCGUCCUGCAGCCGCAGGCCAGCUCUUCCCAGGGCAGCUCCUCGGGGCUCUCGGUGGUGAAGGUGCUCAGCAGCAGCGAGGUGGCGGCUCUGCCCUCCUCCAGCGGGACGACCCGGAGCAGCUCGGACGAGUCCCGCAAGCUGGAGCACCAGAAGAAGCAGGAGAAGGCCAACCGGAUUGUGGCGGAGGCCAUUGCCCGGGCCCGGGCCCGAGGCGAGCAGAACAUCCCGCGAGUGCUGAACGAGGACGAGCUGCCCAGCGUGCGCCCCGAGGAGCCGGGGGAGCGCAAGCGGCGCCGGAAGGGCGGUGGGGAGCGCGUGCCCAAGGAGGAGCGGCCGCGCAAGGGCAGGGGCCAGGGAGGCUGCGGCAAGAGCAAAGGCCGGGGGAAGCCCAGCACCAUCACGCCCGUGGUCGGGAAGAAGCGGAAGCGCAACGCCUCUUCGGACAAUUCGGAUGCCGAGGUGAUGCCGGCGCAGUCCCCGCGGGAGGAGGAGGAAAGCAGCGUCCAGAAGCGGCGAUCGAACCGCCAGGUGAAGCGAAAGAAGUACACAGAGGACCUGGACAUCAAGAUCACAGAUGACGAGGAAGACGAGGAGCUGGAUGUGACGGGACCUGUCAAGGCUGAGCAGCUGCCGGCCCCUGAACCGCCUGCUCCGGACCCCAUCCCCGAGGGGGAGACACUGCCUUCCAUGCAGUUCUUUGUGGAAAACCCCAGCGAGGAAGAUGCUGCUAUUGUAGACAAAGUACUAUCCAUGCGGGUGGUGAAGAAGGAGCUCCCCAAUGGGCAGUUCACAGAGGCGGAAGAAUUCUUUGUGAAGUACAAGAACUACUCAUACCUGCACUGUGAAUGGGCCACCAUCGCUCAACUGGAGAAGGACAAGCGGAUUCACCAGAAGCUCAAGCGUUUUAAGACCAAAAUGGCUCAGAUGAGGCACUUCUUCCAUGAGGACGAGGAGCCCUUCAACCCGGACUACGUGGAGGUUGACCGCAUCCUGGAUGAGUCGCACAGCAUCGACAAGGACAACGGAGAGCCAGUGAUCUAUUACCUGGUGAAGUGGUGCUCGCUCCCGUACGAGGACAGCACGUGGGAGCUCAAGGAGGACGUGGACGAAGGGAAAGUCAGGGAGUUCAAGCGCAUCCAGUCCAGGCACCCAGAGCUCAAGCGGGUGGCUCGUCCCCAGGCAGGUUCCUGGAAGAAAUUAGAACUCUCCCACGAAUACAAGAAUGGCAACCAGCUGCGAGAAUAUCAGCUGGAAGGCGUGAAUUGGUUGCUUUUCAACUGGUACAACAGGCAAAACUGCAUCCUGGCCGACGAGAUGGGCCUCGGCAAGACCAUCCAGUCCAUCGCCUUCCUGCAGGAGGUUUACAACGUGGGUAUCCGGGGGCCCUUCCUGGUCAUCGCCCCGCUCUCCACCAUCACCAACUGGGAGCGGGAGUUCAACACCUGGACCGAGAUGAACACCAUUGUGUACCACGGCAGCCUCGCCUCCCGCCAGAUGAUCCAGCAAUACGAGAUGUACUGCAAGGAUUCCCGGGGCCGCCUGAUUCCAGGCGCGUACAAGUUCGACGCCCUGAUCACCACCUUCGAGAUGAUCCUGUCAGACUGCCCCGAGCUGAGGGAGAUCGAAUGGCGCUGUGUCAUCAUCGACGAAGCGCACCGCCUUAAGAACCGCAACUGCAAACUGCUGGACAGUCUCAAGCACAUGGACCUGGAGCACAAAGUGUUGCUGACUGGCACCCCCCUCCAGAACACAGUGGAGGAGCUCUUCAGCCUCCUGCAUUUCCUCGAGCCCUCCCAGUUCCCCUCAGAAUCGGAGUUCCUCAAGGACUUCGGGGACCUCAAAACCGAGGAGCAGGUGCAGAAACUGCAGGCCAUCCUGAAGCCCAUGAUGCUCCGGCGGCUGAAGGAGGACGUGGAGAAGAACCUGGCGCCCAAGCAAGAGACCAUCAUCGAGGUGGAGCUGACCAACAUCCAGAAGAAGUACUAUCGGGCCAUCCUGGAGAAGAACUUCAACUUCCUCUCCAAGGGGGCGGGCCACAGCAACAUGCCCAACCUCCUGAACACCAUGAUGGAGCUGCGCAAGUGUUGUAACCAUCCCUACCUCAUCAACGGUGCAGAGGAGAAGAUCCUGACCGAGUUUCGGGACUCCUGCCUCCACCACGUGCCCCAUGACUUCCCCCUUCAGGCCAUGGUGCGCUCCUCCGGGAAGCUGGUGCUCAUUGAUAAGCUGCUGCCGAAGCUGAAGGCCGGUGGCCACAAGGUGCUCAUCUUCUCCCAGAUGGUCCGUUGCCUUGACAUCCUGGAGGACUACCUCAUCCAGAAGAGGUACCUGUAUGAGCGCAUCGACGGGCGGGUGCGAGGGAACCUGCGGCAGGCCGCCAUCGACCGCUUCAGCAAGCCGGACUCGGACCGCUUUGUCUUCCUGCUCUGCACCCGGGCAGGAGGGCUGGGGAUCAACCUGACAGCCGCCGACACCUGCAUCAUCUUCGACUCAGACUGGAAUCCCCAAAACGACCUGCAGGCUCAGGCGCGCUGCCACCGCAUCGGGCAGAGCAAGGCAGUGAAGGUGUACCGCCUCAUCACGCGGAACUCCUACGAGCGCGAGAUGUUCGACAAAGCCAGCCUCAAGCUCGGGCUGGACAAGGCGGUUCUGCAGUCCAUGAGCGGCCGCGAGGGCAGCAUCGCUGGGAUCCAGCAGUUUUCAAAGAAGGAGAUCGAAGACCUGCUGCGUAAGGGGGCCUACGCGGCCAUUAUGGAAGAGGACGACGAGGGCUCCAAGUUCUGCGAGGAGGACAUCGACCAGAUCUUGCUUCGGCGCACUACGACCAUCACCAUCGAGAGUGAGGGGAAGGGGUCCACCUUUGCCAAGGCAAGCUUUGUGGCCUCCGAGAACAGGACAGAUAUCGCCUUAGAUGACCCCAACUUCUGGCAGAAGUGGGCCAAGAAGGCAGACUUGGACCUGGAUAUGCUGAACAGCAAGAACAACUUAGUGAUCGACACGCCCCGGGUGCGCAAGCAGACGCGUCACUUCAGCACCCUGAAGGACGAUGACCUGGUGGAGUUCUCCGACUUGGAAAGCGACGACGACGAGCGGCCACGCUCCCGGCGCCACGACCGCCACCAGCACCCUUUCCACCACUCGUACGGGCGCACGGACUGCUUCCAGGUGGAAAAACAACUGCUAGUCUAUGGCUGGGGCCGCUGGCGGGAGAUCCUGUCGCACGGACGGUUCAAGCGGCGCAUGUCGGAGCGGGACGUGGAGACCAUCUGCCGGGCCAUCCUGGUCUACUGCCUCAUGCACUACCGCGGCGACGAGAACAUCAAAGGCUUCAUCUGGGACCUCAUCAGCCCGGUUGAGAACGGCAAAGCCAAAGAACUGCAGAACCACUCCGAGAGCCAGCCCCUUGCUCUGAGCUCACUUCCUGUUCCUCGGGCAGGCCUGUCCAUCCCAGUCCCGCGGGGCCGCAAAGGGAAGAAGGUCAAGUCUCAGACCACUUUUGACCUCCAGAAGGCUGAAUGGAUCCGCAAGUACAACCCUGACACCCUCUUUCAGGACGAGGGCUACAAGAAGCACCUCAAGCACCAGUGCAACAAGGUGCUGCUACGAGUCCGAAUGCUGUACUACCUGCGCCAGGAAGUGAUUGGCGACCAAGCCGAGAAAGUGCUGGCUGGUGCGGCUUCCAGUGAAAUUGACAUCUGGUUCCCACUGGUGGAUCAGGCUGAGGUCCCCACGGCCUGGUGGGACACUGAAGCAGACAAGUCUCUGCUCCUCGGAGUCUUCAAGCACGGCUAUGAGAAGUACAACACCAUGCGAGCCGACCCCACACUCUGCUUCCUGGAGAAGGCUGGUCGACCCGACGACAAGGCCAUCGCUGCAGAGCACCGUCUGGAUGUGGGCGAAGGGGUGGAUUUUGACAAGGACUGCGAGGAUCCGGAAUACAAACCAGUGGGAGGCCCUGCUAAGGAGCCGGAUGACGAGGUUGACCCGCUAAUGAUGAUGGACGAGGAAAUAUCUGUGGUGGACGGUGAGGAAGGCCAGCCCGGGAACCUCUUCUGGCCCCCCGCCUCAGUGCUCACAGCACGUCUGCGGAGACUAAUCACUGCUUUCCAGCGGAGCUACAAGCGCGAGCAGCUCAAGAUCGAGGCCGCCGAGCGAGGGGACCGGCGGCGGCGGCGCUGCGAGGCCGCCUUCAAGUUGAAGGAGAUGGUGCGGCGGGAGAAGCAGCAAAGGUGGACACGUCGGGAGCAGUCGGACUUCUACCGCGUGGUCUCGACAUUCGGGGUCGAGUACGACCCGGACACCAUGCGCUUCCACUGGGGCCGCUUCCGGGCCCUGGCGCGCCUGGACAAGAAGACGGACGAGAGCCUCGCCAAGUAUUUCCACGGCUUCGUGGCCAUGUGCCGGCAGGUGUGCCGGCUGCCUCCCGCCGCCAGUGACGAGUCCCCGGACCCGACGCUGUUCAUCGAGCCCAUCACGGAGGAGCGGGCCUCGCGCACCCUCUACCGCAUCGACCUGCUGCGGCGCCUGCGGGAGCAAGUGCUGUGCCACCCGCUCCUGGAGGAGCGCCUCACCCUGUGCCAGCCCCCGGGCCCCGAGAUGCCCCCCUGGUGGCAGUGCGGGCGCCACGACGGGGAGCUGCUGCGCGGCGUGGCCCGCCACGGCCUCAGCCAGACCGACGCCACCAUCAUGCAGGACCCAGACUUCUCCUUCCUGUCGGCCCGCCUCAGCCACAUGCACAGUCGGGCGGGGGGCACGGGGACGCCCCCGCUGCCCCCACCGCCCCCGGGGCUCCCUCUGCCCGGGGCCAGCGCGGCCGCCGCGCCCUCCCCGCUGCUCCUCCCGCCACCCCUGCACGAGCUGCCCGCUCCGCCGCCGCAGCCCUCGGCGCCCCCCGCCAAGCCCAAAUCGGCCGACGACUCGGACUCGGAGCUCGACCUCGGCAAGAUCUCCGCUUCUUCGUCGUGCUCGUCCUCUUCCGGCUGCUCCGAUGACAGCGAGGGUGAAGAGGCUUCUUGUGGCGGGAAGCUCUUCGAGGAGGAGGAGUCCUCGCUGCUCUCCCUGCCCACUUCGCACGAGGGCAAUUCCCCGCAGCCCAGUGCCUCAGACCUGCUGCUGCAGGAGCGCCAGCGUGCCCACGAGUGGCCAAAGGACCGAGUCCUCAUCAGCCGCAUCGACCUGGUGUGUCAGGCUGUGCUGUCCGGCAAGUGGCCCACCGUGCAGCAAGGACCGGGCGGGCCAUGCGUCGUGCAAGGAGAAGGCCUCUCCCGCUUGCACGGGGAGUACACCAGCUCUCCCAUCCCACACAUCUGCCCCCACGGGCCGCCGGAGGAAGGCGCGGCCUCCUUCACCCGCCUCCGGCACAGCGGCCAGGACAAGGAGUUCACCGUGCAGAUCAAAGAUGAAGAGGGGAUCAAACUGACCUUCCAGAAGCACAAACUGGUCCCGAAUGGCACCAUGCGAGAACGCCCCGCUCUCACCCAGAAGAAGAGCAGCAAGAAGAUGGUGGAGCUGGAGCUGCAGUGCCUGGAGGCGCUGAGAGGCCCCGACAUCGACCUUGAGGCCCGCAUCCCCGUGGUGAACAAGACCGACGGGACGCUGCUGGUGGGCGACGCGGCACCCCGACGGGCUGACCUCGAAGUGUGGCUGCAGGCUCACCCGGAGUAUGCCGUGGACCCUCGUUUCCUGGCCUACAUGGAGGAGCGCCGGAAGCACCGAUGGCCCCGGUUCCCCAAGCCAGUUCCAAUGGAGCCGAGCUGCCUGGUGGGGCUGGAGCGGAUGCAGGCAGCGGGCAUUUCUGCCAAUGGCAAGAAGGGCUUUCUGCCGGACCCCACCAUGAACCGUCUUCUUCCAGGACCAGUAGGGGCUGAGAAUACCCAGAAGCGGGGCCGUCAGACCCCCAUGGAGUUUUCCAACAUGAUGGCUCUGAUGGGGGCCGGCCGGGUCCAACUGGGGGCGGCCGGGCCCCUCGCCUUGCACCACGCACACUUCCAAGCCGGCCCGGCCCACGGCUCCUUACAGUACGUGCCCUUCUCGACCGCAGCAGCCGCGACGGCCGCCGCCGCCGCGUCCUCUUCCGGCUCCCUGCUGCACCCGGCGCUCGGCCACGCCGGCUACGCCGCAGCCCCCUUGCACCUGGGCCACCCCCAGCCCGUGGACGAGGACGAGGAGGAAGACGAGAUGGAUGACUUGUCUCAGGGCUACGCCAGCUCGGAGCGGGACUUCUCCUUGCUUGAUGACGACCCCAUGAUGCCAGCCAACUCCGACUCCAGCGAGGAGGGGGACGAGGAAGGGGACGAUUGAGCCUUCGUCCAGGGCGUGGACAGAUGCGAAGCAGGGCCGAGCUCGCUGCGACUAGCCAUCCCCUUGAUGUCGAAGCCUGACGGGCCGGAGACUCCGUGCCUGCGUGGACACGUGCCGGUCGGGUUCCCCUCAUUCCACAUGACUUGCCGUUGGGAGGGCGGUGCGGGGUCCUUCCAACCCCGGCAAGGGUUGCUUAGAAGCGGCUCUCCGAGAAGGGUGCGCCCCGUGUGGCUUUUUUUUUCCUUGUCAAAAAAAACGCCUCUGGGUUGGGUCCAGCCCUUCCUCCCGGCACUUGGGCCUCCCUUGGGAACCGCCUUUGCCGCCGCAGUCUUGAUUCCCCGGGGCAGCAGAAAGCGCCAGUGCAGGAGUGACAAGACGGUCUGGGUUUCAGUAGCAGCUCCCCGCCCCCUUUUUGGCUCUCCCCACAGCCUGCUCCAUUUCUCCGCCCCCUCUCCCCGCCCCAGGUCCAUGUGCUGUAACAUAAGUGCAAAAGGGGGGUCGCCAGAGGCCCCCUCCCUUUCCCUCCGUCCCCCUGUCUCCGCGUGAGUGGGGUUUAUAUUUAUAAAUAUGUAAUAUGUCUUGUGUAAUAUGGCUAAGGCUGUGGGAAUGAAUUGUCGGGGAGCCGAGUCACCGCGGGUGGGUUUUGGGGUGGCAGGGGGCUGUGGGGGGAUGAAAGGUAUAGCUUCCUGUAGCUGGUUUCUCCAUUUUUUUCUUUUGUUUUUUUUUAAUAAAAGGAACAAAAUGCAUAAAAAUUCCCCCACCCCAAUCUUCCUCCUUCAUGCUGUUGUAUCAAUUGCAUAAAAAUCUUCUUAAGAAUUGGGACGCGCA